AAGGAAAGGGUUUAUGCUUCUGCUACUGGUUUCAUCUCCCCAGCCCAUCUCCGCCGGCGUUCUCUGCUUCAGGUUAUCUCAACGACAUCCUGCCGUCCGCUGUCCUUGCUCAGCACAGCCUUGCCCAUAAUUGGGACAAGCAAAAGUUUGGGAUGCAUAUCUUGAUGAGAUUCAAGGCUAAUUGCCCCCAAAAGGCUAGACUUUUGAUACUGUAGCCAACUUCGCCAUCUUAGAGAUGCAGUCUGCAUACCUCCCUGCCACUACCGAUUCAAUAGCACAGGCCUUGGAGGCUAAGGAUCAUGCUGAGUCAAUUUCUCUUCUUUACCGUGUUCUUGAAAACCCAUCUUCUUCUUCAGAGGCAAUGCACAUAAAAGAACAGGCUAUUUUGAACCUUACUGAUCUUCUCACCCAAGAAAAGAAGGCUGAGGACUUGAGAGGUCUUUUGACCCAACUCAGGCGCUUCUUCUCAUUAAUUCCAAAGGCAAAGACUGCAAAAAUAGUGAGGGGAAUUAUGGAUGCUGUUGCCAAGAUUCCAGGAACCUCUGAUCUGCAAAUUUCCCUUUGCAAAGAAAUGGUGGAAUGGACCCGUGCAGAGAAACGCACAUUUUUGAGGCAACGAGUUGAGGCAAGACUUGCAGGUCUCCUAAUGGAAAAUGAAGAAUAUUCUGAAGCCUUAAUGCUCCUUUCAGGCCUGAUCAAGGACGUCAGAAGAUUGGAUGACAAACUACUACUAGUGGACAUAGUUAUUUUAGAGAGCAAACUCCACUUCUCUCUGAGAAACUUGCCGAAGGCAAAAGCUGCAUUAACUGCAGCAAGAACUGCUGCUAAUGCCAUUUAUGUUCCACCAGCGCAGCAGGGCAUGAUUGAUUUACAAAGUGGGAUCCUUCACGCAGAGGAGAAGGACUACAAGACAGCUUACAGCUACUUCUUUGAAGCAUUUGAAGCCUUUAAUGCUCUUGAGGACCCUCGGGCAAUCUUUAGCCUCAAGUACAUGCUUCUGUGCAAGAUAAUGGUUAACCAGGCUGACGAUGUUGCUUCUAUAAUUGCUUCUAAAGCUGGCUUGCAGUAUUUGGGUCCUGAUUUGGAUGCUAUGAAAGCUGUUGCUGAUGCACACUCGAAGCGCUCCCUGAAAUCCUUUGAAACUGCUCUCCGAGAUUAUAGGGUCCAGUUGGAGGAAGAUCCAAUAGUUCACAGGCAUCUUUCAUCUUUGUACAACACCCUUCUGGAGCAGAAUCUUUGCAGGUUGAUCGAACCCUAUUCGAGAGUGGAGAUUGUUCAUAUUGCUGAGAUGAUUGAAUUGCCCAUGGAUCAUGUGGAGAAGAAACUGUCACAAAUGGUACUCGACAGGAAGUUUGCGGGGAUUCUGGACCAAGGUGCCGGUUGCUUAAUAAUCUUCGAUGAUCCCAAGGCCGAUGCAAUUUUUCCUGCCACGCUGGAAACUGUCACCAACGUCGGCAAAGUGGUGGACAGUCUCUACAUGAGAUCCUCUCGUAUUAUGGCAUGAGAGCUCAUCCUUCAAUACCAAGUUUUUGGAUACUUUGGUCGUCGUUUUAGCUGUGAGAUUAUUUUCCAUACGUUACUUGUGACUUCAUGAUUUCCUGGAUGUUUUUAACUUCACAAUACAGUGUCGUGAUCUUUCUCAUUCAUUUUGGAUCGUUUGUUCACUUUUAUGCAGCUAGGAGGAGCUUGAAAAAGUUGUUUGAAAUUUUACAUGCAUAUUAGUUGGCGAUAGACUUGGAUUGGAAAUUUCUGGAUGAUAAGAUACAUGUAAUCGGAUGUUGUGAAUUCUUUUCUUGAAGUACUAGUAACUUAAUUGUUUUCCUUAUGGAUGGAAAAUUUUAA